UUUGUACGUCUACUCUUUUUGAGCAAUGAGGCAACUUGCUAAGUUGGUAUUGCUCACAAUUACUUCCUCUGUGCUCACAAAGGCUUGGUCAGCCCCUCAAGUCCCUGGCUUCUUCAUCUUCGGCGACUCUCUUGUCGACAACGGUAACAACAAUGGCAUCUUGACGCUCGCUAGGGCGAAUUACUACCCUUACGGUAUCGACUUCAAGCAGGGUUCGACUGGGCGAUUCACUAAUGGUCUCACAACAGUCGAUUUCUUAGCUCGGUUACUAGGCUUUCGACACUUUAUUCCCCCGUACGCAACAGCGCAAAGAUCUGAAGUUUUGAGAGGCUUGAACUUCGCUUCAGGAGCUUCAGGCAUCAGAGAGGAAACAGGAAACAACCUUGGGCAGCACUACCAUUUUGCUGAACAAGUAGAGCACUUUGGCGAUGCAGUUCGGUAUAUCACCAGAAUGUUCAGAGGAAAUACCACACGAGUACACGAUCACUUAAGAAAAUGCAUGUAUCUUGUAGGAAUGGGCAGCAAUGACUAUCUCAACAACUAUUUCAUGCCCAGCAUGUACCCUACUAGCUAUGAUUACAGUCCGAAAACUUAUGCUUCCCUCCUCAUCCAAGAUUAUUCACGACAGUUAACUCAACUGUACGAUUUAGGUGCACGAAAGAUUGCGAUUGUGGGAAUUGGGCAGAUAGGGUGCAUACCCUAUGAACUAGCUCGAAUGGAUGACGAUGAUCGCCAAGGAGGGAGACGAUGCAACGGUAGAAUCAAUAAGGCAAUCUCCAUGUACAAUGCAUGUCUUUACAGGAUGGUUCGACGAUUCAACAGGGAGCUUCCUGGGGCAAAGUUUGUAUAUGUGGAUACCUUCAAGAGCUCCAACGACCUUGUCAACAAUGCAGCUUCUUAUGGAUUCAGCGUCAUAGACAGAGGAUGUUGCGGCGUAGGAAGAAACAAUGGGCAGAUAACUUGCCUUCCGCUGCAGCAGCCAUGCGAAGAUCGAACCAAGUAUUUGUUCUGGGAUGCUUUCCAUCCAACUGAGGCAGCAAAUCUCAUCUACGCCAGGAAAGCUUACUACUCAAAUUCUUCAUCAGACGUUUACCCGAUGAAUUUGAAGCAACUUGCAAUGGCUUGAGAAUAAUAAAAAAAUCGUUACGAGCAAGAUUCCAUUGAUCAGAGUUCCAGUUGUCAUAGGUUUUUCUUGUGUGAUUGCAGUAAGUUAAUUGGAUGAAGUUUUAGUGAGAAAUGUUGUAUUGUUCACCUCAGUUCUUAUAGUUCAUGGAAUGCUUUUCAGUGAUUAGUCUCCAAUGA